GCGUGAAGAUGGCGGAGUCGGGCGGUAGCGGCGGCGGUUCCGGCGGCAGCGGGGCCUUCAGCGCGGGCCCGGGCUCCGAGCGUCCGAACAGCCUGGCAGAUAAGAACGGGAUCCUGAAGCGCACGUUCUCGGCGCCAGGUCACAGUGCCAGCCUCCUGCAGGGCCUGGCCGCACUGCGGGCACAGGGCCAGCUCCUGGACAUCGUGCUCACCAUCAACAGAGAGGCCUUCCACGCGCACAAGGUGGUGCUGGCGGCCUGCAGCGACUACUUCCGGGCCAUGUUCACGGGCGGCAUGCGGGAGGCCAGCCAGGAUGUGGUGGAGCUGCAGGGUGUGACAGCCCGGGGGCUGCGGCACGUCAUCGACUUUGCCUACAGCGCCGAGGUGACACUGGACCUGGAGUGCGUGCAGGACGUGCUCGGGGCCGCCGUGUUCCUGCAGGUGCUGCCCGUGGUGGAGCUGUGUGAGGACUUCCUGAAGGCCGCCAUGAGCGUGGAGACCUGCCUGCUCAUCGGCCAGAUGGCCACGGCCUUCAGCCUGGCCUCACUGCGGGCCUCGGUGGACACCUUCACCUUCCGCCACUUCCUGCAGAUCGCUGCCGAGGACGACUUCCUGCGUCUGCCGCUGGAGCGCCUGGUCUUCUUCCUGCAGAGCAACCGGCUGCAGAGCUGCGCGGAGAUCGACCUGUUCCACGCGGCCGUGCGCUGGCUGGAGCACGACCCCGCGCGGCGGCCGCGCGCCAGCCACGUGCUGUGCCACAUCCGCUUCCCGCUGAUGCAGCCGGCCGAGCUGGUGGACAGCGUGCAGACGCUGGACGUCAUGCUGGAGGACGUGCUGUGCCGCCAGUACCUGCUGGAGGCCUUCAGCUACCAGGUGCUGCCGCUGCGCCAGCACGAGCUGCAGUCUCCCCGCACGGCCCUGCGCUGCGACGCGCCCUCGCUGGUGGCCUUCGGCGGCACGCCCUACACCGACAGCGACCGUGCCGUCAGCAGCAAGGUGUUCCAGCUCCCCGAGCCGGGCGCCCGGCACUUCCGCGAGCUCACCGAGAUGGAGGUGGGCUGCAGCCACUCGUGCGUGGCCGUGCUUGACAACUUCGUGUACGUGGCCGGCGGCCAGCAGCUGCAGUACCGCAGCGGGGAGGGCGCGGUGGACGCGUGCUACCGCUACGACCCGCACCGGAACCGCUGGCUGCGGCUGCAGGCCAUGCAGGAGAGCCGCAUCCAGUUCCAGCUGACCGUGCUGGGCGGCCUGGUAUACGCCACGGGCGGCCGCAACCGCGCAGGCAGCCUGGCGUCCGUGGAGCGCUACUGCCCCCGGCGGGACGCCUGGGACUACGCCUGCUCCCUGAAGCGCCGCACCUGGGGCCACGCGGGCGCCGCCUCGGGGGGCCGCCUGUACAUCUCGGGGGGCUACGGUGUGUCGGUUGAGGACAAGAAAGCCCUGCACUGCUACGACCCCACGGCCGACCAGUGGGAGUUCCGGGCCCCCAUGAGCGAGCCCCGCGUGCUGCAUGCCAUGGUGGGCGCCGGCGGCCGCAUCUACGCCCUGGGCGGCCGCAUGGACCACGUGGACCGCUGCUUCGACGUGCUGGCCGUGGAGUACUACGUGCCCGAGGCCGACCAGUGGACCAGCGUGGCGCCCAUGCGGGCCGGCCAGUCGGAGGCUGGCUGCUGCCUGCUGGACCGGAAGAUCUACAUCGUGGGGGGCUACAACUGGCGCCUCAACAACGUGACGGGCGUGGUGCAGGUGUACAACACGGAAACGGACGAGUGGGAGCGAGACCUGCACUUCCCAGAGUCCUUCGCGGGCAUUGCCUGUGCCCCUGUCCUGCUGCCCCGGGCCGGGACCAGGAGGUAGCCCCGGGCCGGGCCGGGCCAGUCCUCAUGACACCGCUCCCCAGGCCCGGCCCUGCAGACUGCUGCAGCCGGGGGCGCGGCCCGGCCCGGCCCGGCAGCAGGCCCCCAGCUCAGGACACGGGGCCACGGGCCGUCCUGAAUGCUCGCUACCCCACCCCACCGGCCCUGCCCGACACUCAGGCAGGACCCCGUCACACUGCGCCCAGAGUGGGGUGCACCGCCAUCCUCCGUGACCCCAGGGGCCUGAUCCCCCUCUGCUCACAGCCCCGUCCCGGGCCCCCGCUCUGCACCCACCCCUCCCCUCCUCCCGCUGCUCCCAGGGUCUGCCGCCCGCUGAGCAUGGAUGCCCGGACACCUCCUGCAGGCCCGGGCCGGGAUUACCACCACGCAGCCCCACCUGGACCCCGCUCUCCGCAUGAGCCCCCCUCCCAGCACCCCCGUGGGCUGCGCAGGGCUUUGGGCCCUAUUUGUUUUGCUGCCGCAGCCUCAGCCUCAUUUUCUUGUCCUUUUUCUUUCUGGAGCAAGCCCACAGGACUCUCUUUGUCUUCUAAGUGACAUUUGUCCUUUUGGGGACCGAGUGUCUCCUGCACUGCAAGCAUACCACAGAGGCAGCGUCCGUGCUCCGUCUGCUGCCCGGUGACCCUAC